AUUAACUUGUCCUCCAGUGAGGGGUCCAUGUUUGGAGUGUUUGGCUUUUUUCAACUUUAAACAUUUCUGUGUGAAGAAACAAGGAGAACUAUUGCACAGAUGUUCUUAACUGCAGAGUGAGUUUGGUUACAUUAUUCUGGAUUGCAAUUAACUAUAUUUUUGGAAAGUUUGAUUUACAAUGAGCUCCUGGGCUCUGAACAGAAAAGGUGGCCUUCAGUACUGUAGACACUUCUUGUCAGACAAUGGAGUAUUCCAUGUGGAAAGAUGCAUGUGUGUAAUGCAGUCAGGAACUCAAAUGGUCAAACUGAAGAAUGGAAGCAAAGGCUUGGUUCGUCUCUUCUACUUGGAUGAAAACAGGACAUGCAUUCGAUGGCGUCCGUCGAGGAAAAAUGAAAAGGCGAAAAUUACCAUUGAUUCUAUUUGCAAAGUUUUAGAAUGGAGCCAAUCUGCCAGCUUUCAUCGACGUGCUGAAGGAAGCUUUGAUCCAAGCUGCUGCUUCAGCAUUUACCAUGGAAGUCAUAUGGAGAUACUGGACUUAGUAACCUCCAACUCUGAGGAUGCACGCACUUGGAUAACAGGGUUAAAAUAUUUAAUGUCUGGAAUCAAAGAUGAGGAUUUGCUUGCGAAAAGAUUGACAACUCAUAAUCAAUGGAUGAAACAGAUGUUUGAAGAAGCCGACAUGAAUGGGGAUGGGUUGCUCCACAUUGAAGAAAUCUAUCAACUGAUGCAUAAAUUAAAUGUGAAUCUACCUCGCAGAAAAAUCAGGCAGAUAUUUCAGGAAGCUGACACAGGUGAAAAUAAGGGCAAAUUAAAUCUUGAAGAGUUCUCUGUGUUCUACAAGAUGAUGUCUUUGCGACGGGAUCUCUUCCUAUUGGUGAAAGCUUAUAGUAACAAGAAAGACCAUCUAACUGUGGAAGAAUUUGCUCACUUUCUCAAAUCAGAACAAAAAAUGUACAAUGUGACAAUAGAAUAUUGUAUAGAUAUUAUAAGAAAAUUUGAAGUCAGCGAGGCAAAGAAGCAACAAAAUCUCUUGGGAGUUGAAGGUUUUACUAACUUCAUGCGCAGCCCUGCAUGUGACAUAUUUAACCCCUUGCACAGUGAAGUAAAUCAGGAUAUGGAUCAGCCUCUGUGCAACUACUUUAUCGCUUCAUCGCACAACACUUACUUGACAGGGGAUCAGCUACUUUCUCAAUCCAAAAUGGAUAUGUAUUCCUGGGUGCUUCAGGCUGGUUGUCGCUCUGUGGAAGUUGACUGCUGGGAUGGUCCAGAUGGGGAGCCGAUUGUGCAACAUGGUUAUACACUCACCUCCAAGGUCCUGUUCCAAGAUGUGGUGGAAACCAUCAACAAAUACGCUUUCAUCAAAAAUGAAUAUCCUGUUAUUCUCUCUAUUGAGAACCACUGUAGCAUCCAGCAGCAGAAGAAGAUUGUCCAGUAUUUGAAAGAUAUCCUUGGAAGUAAACUAGAGUUAUUUUCCAUUGAAAGUCAUGGAAAAUACCAGCUUCCUUCUCCUCAAAGUCUGAAGGGAAAAAUUCUUAUAAAGGGGAAGAAACUCCCUGCUGACCUCGGCACUGAUGCAGAAGAAGGCGAGGUGUCUGAUGAAGAUAGCGCUGAUGAAAUUGAAGAAGAAUGCAAAUUAAAGCAAUUCAAUGGCAGUGCUGCAAACCACCAUCAAGUGGAAUGUCUAAUCAGAAAGAAACUGGAUUUGUUGCUGAAUGAGUCUCAACUCCAAGAUAAGGAAAAUCCAGAUCAGCCUACCGUCUGUGCACUUCUGAGGGCGACACACAAAGGUCUAAAUGACAACCUACAACAGAAAUCACAUGCUAAAGAAAAUAUGAAAGAAAGUGGGAAGAAAUUUCACAGCAGUUCAUUUAUCAGCACCUUUUCUAAACAGAAGAAAAGUACAAAAUCCAAGGCAAAACUGUACAAUCCAAAUGAAGAGGAUCAGCAGAAUUUUCCUGGUAAAGAGGCUGGGCCAGCUUACAGGUUAGGCCAUCGCAAAAAAACAACGAAACUCUAUCGUGGUCUUUCUGACCUGGUUAUAUACACUAAUUCUGUGACUUCUCAGGAUCUCCUAGGGAAAGGAUCUGCUGGGAAAGUUUUAUCCUUAAAUGAGACUCAAGCCCAUGAACUUUUACAUCAAAAGCCUGAACAAUUUAUUUGUUUUAACCAGAAACAUUUCACCUGUGUAUACCCAUCAGCCUUCAGAAUAGACUCAAGCAAUUGUAACCCACAAGAAUAUUGGAAUGUUGGUUGCCAGAUGGUGGCACUAAAUUAUCAGACUGAUGGUCGUAUGAUGCAACUAAACAGAGCCCUUUUCAUGCAAAAUGGAAAUUGUGGGUAUGUCCUAAAACCUCAAUCGAUGUGCCAAGGUGUUUUUAACCCUUUCUCUGAAGAUCCUUUGCAUGGUCAUCCAAAAAAGCAGCUAACGUUAAAAAUAAUCAGUGGGCAGCAGUUGCCAAAGCCACCUAAUUCUAUGCUUGGGGACAGAUGUGAGAUAAUUGAUCCCUUUGUUGAAGUGGAAAUUAUUGGUUUACCAAUUGAUUGCUGUAAGGAACAGACCAGAGUAGUAGAUGAUAAUGGAUUUAACCCUGUGUGGGAAGAAACUAUAACCUUUACAGUCCAUAUGCCUGAGAUAGCACUGGUCCGCUUUCUGGUGUGGAGUCAUGAUCCAAUUGGUCGAGAUUUUGUAGGUGAAAAAACUGUGUCCUUUAGUACUCUCAUGCCUGGAUACCGGCAUAUUUACUUGGAGGGCAUGCCAGAAUCUUCACUAUUUGUGCACGUGACGAUUCAUGACAUUUGUGGAAAGCAACUAAUGGGACUUAAGGGUCUGUUUAGCAAGAACCCCAAAUAUCCUUCAGUAAACAAAAACCAAGGCAACCUGAUGCAAAAGAAAUCCUUUGGGAAUCGAAUUCUACGUCGCACUGCCAGUGCACCUACAAAGGAAGCGAAAAAAAGCAAAAGUAUGCUUUUGGAAACUUGUGCUGAUUUAAGCGAGCAAGAAGCCAAUCCUCUUAAUUCCGGCAGAGAUGAAACAUGCAGUACACAAAGAACAAAAAAAACUCAUGUGCGUCCUAUUUCUAUGCCAGUCGAUAAUUGGCUUUACGGAGAGAUGUCACCUCCUGCUGGUGAAAAAUCUGAGGCUAAAACAGGGAAAAACUCAAGCGUAAAAAGUUUUGAAGAUAAAAUAAUGACUUCAUCACUUCCUUUGGCUCAAUGUUGUCCAUUAUCAAGUGCUAAUGAAUUAAAUGAAUCUCAGUCUCAACAGUUGGCAAGAAGUAGUUCUAAAGAGUUAGCUGAAAACACAGAACACUGUGCAUCCAAUAAUCCAAUGCAUCAACAUGUUUCUUCUGAAAACGUUCCUUCCAAUGCGCAGUAUUGCAAUAAUUCUGUUCAAAUGGACGACAUGUGUGAUCAAAGCCAGCUGCACCAACAUGAACAGUUUCAAUGUACUGGUACCUUGUGGCAACAGACCAGUGAAAACCUAUUACCAGACCAGAAACUCACUAACUUACAAGAGGAGCUAAAUAAAAAUAUUUCUACUCCACUUCCUAAUGCAAAAUUUGUUGGGGUUGAAGAAAAGAUUGAACAUUAUAUUGCAACGGCUUCACCAGUCCCUGUAAAUGAGUUUGAUCCUUUACAAAGCUUGGGUACGACUCUUGACAGCACAGUAUCUCAUCUUAUUGAUGCUAUGUCCUUGCCCAGUGAAAAUGAAAUAGGUAGUCCUAUUUCAGCCCUCAUUGCACAGUUUGACACAACAGACAGAACCAAUCUGACUAUGAUUUCAAGUUUUCAUGAAACCAGCAAACACUCGACAAGCAUGUUGUCUGGACUGUCACAGUCUUGUGGCGUAGAAACAAAUGCACCUGUAAAUCUUUUGUAUAGGGAUGUUAAAGCCAAGAAAGCAUGCUUGAACCUAACAGCAGAUACAACUAUUUUCUCUAGCCCUGAGAUGUCUGAUCAUUCCUCAUAUACCAUAAUAAAUGAGGAAAUCUUAUCUCCCAUUUCUUUCAAUCACACACCAAAAAGAAACCUAAAUAAUGAGACCUUAGAAGGAACAUUCAAUAAAACCUUAAAUGUUCUGUGUACUAAUCCCAAUACCCCUGUAAAUUCAGGUAUAGACAACAUACAGGACACACCUUGGAGCGAGAUUGAUGCUGACAGUAAAUGUAGUAGUACAAGUACCAUAUGUAUAACAGCUGAUAAUGCAAUUCUUAAUGCAUCUCCACCAAUAGAUUCUUUUGGCAGUAGUCUUUUAGAAGUAGAUGACUUUGACUUUACUGUCACCACAAUAGGGAGCUGUAAUAAAGAAUCAGGCCCAAGAAACUCUUCAUCAGCUGGGAAUUUCUACCAGAUGACCCAGAACAGAGGUAAAAAUGCAACCAGUUUUUUGUUUUUGGGGAAUUCACCAGUAACAAAUGCAAAUGAACAGGCAUUAUGUAUUUCUGAAAGGAAUAUUUGGAAUCCAUUGCACUCAGAUGCAAAUGAGACCACAGUAGCCAAACACCCCUUUAACACAGCAAAACAACCAAAUGCAAGUAAAUCUAAGAGCCUUGGAGACCUGACUUCGGAGGACAUAUCGUGUACCUUUGAAAGCAAGUACAAAUUCAUCAGCAAAAGUUUCAUUGUGCCAAAUAUUAAAGGACAGAAAACAAUGCCUUCUCUUAAAAACAUACCAAAGCCGACAGAUGCAUUAACAGAGCAAUUACGCAAACUUGUGUCGUUAGAGCAGGAGGAAAAUCAGGAAACUUGCGUUCCACUUAUAAGCCUGGAAUCUGAUUACCAAAGAGGUCUUGUAAGGAAGCUGUCAUCGAGAAGCCAGAGCAGAGUCCGUUAUGUUGCUAAUAGGGCAAAGCAAAUACAGGAGGCUAACAAGCAUAAAUUUUCUAGUAACUGCACCUCUGGUGGUGUCGUUUUACGAAAGAAAACCCCCGUGCAACACCAUACAGUUAAUAGGCAUUCCACAGGUUCCUACAUUGCAGGCUACCUAAACCAGCUUGAAGAAGAAGCUUUGGAAGGUCGUGGUAUUCCUGAAGGCUCUUGUGGUACGUUGCUGCACAGAUAUGGUGACAACUUUUACAAUGAUGACUCAAACUUGCAAACUGAACCUAACACUGUCAGUGAACCAGAGAUUUAUUUCUUACUUCGAUUGUGAUUUAGGUGUAAAGAAGAAUGCAACUUGUAACUUUUUAAAUAGCUUUUCCAUUGAAACAUUCUUCCGUGACCAGAUUAAUUAUCUGUUUAAAUAUGCAAGUAUUGCCAUCUUGAAAAUAUGUACUUGAUUUGACUAAUUCUUUAGAAGUUUAGUUGUGAUGUAGAAAGUUAAUGUCAUUUACGUUACAUGAGAAGAUUGUCAAAUUUGUACAUUUUUUUUAUAAAU